AUGGGUCUUGAUAGUCCCUCUAAAAUCAAAGCUCCGCCUUCGAGCAAAUGGCUUCAACCAUACAGAAUUACCAUCACCAACGGAAAUCUUCCUGAAUUAGUUGUGGGCUGUGAUGAACAAGGAACGCAGCUACUCAAGCCUGGUGAACAGAUUUCUUGGAAAUUUCGUAUGAAUUUCUGGGAUACGACUAGUUAUAAUUGUCGAUUUUACUGGUUUGCAGAUAACAGUAACGAUAUACGAUACCAAGUAGAGGGUCUUGAUAGUCGCUCUAAAAUCAAAGCUCCGGCUUCGAGCAAAUGGCUUGAACCAUACAAAAUUACCAUCACCAACGUAAAUCUUCCUGAAUUAGUUGUGGGCUGUGAUGAACAAGGAACGCAGCUACUCAGGCUUGGUGAACAGCUUUCUUGGAAAUUUCGUAUGAAUUUCUGGGAUACGACUAGUUAUAAUUAUCGAUUUUACUGGCUUGCAGAUAAUAGUAACGAUAUACGAUAG